UGAGGCUGACAAGACUGUUAAUAGGGAGAGCGAACAACUCCCAAGUUCCAAAAGAUGAAAAUUCCAGCAUAAAUCUAUUUUAUCUCACUCUGGGUGGAAAAUUCUAUCGAGAAUCAAACACCCUCUCCAAUGGCUUCUACAACAGAAUCCAAUCAUCAUUAUCAUCAGCAGCAGCAGCACCAUAACCGUCAGCAUAUCAGCAGCAACUUAUCUCGAUUAAUCCAAUCCACAGCGUCCAAUCUCUCUUCUCUCAUCAUCCCCUUCCACACUCCCAAGCCAAUCUCCUCGUCAACCACUCCCUCCAAGAUCUGCGUUCCCCUCCGGUUCGCCCACUCCGCUCCACAAUUUCUCUCACUAACACCACCGUCUUCCUUCUUUGAGUCGACUCAGACCGACUCACCGUCUUCACCGUCUUCGUCUUCUCCGGCACUCAAGGACAUGCCAUCGCCCUCUGGUUCAGGUUCUGGUUCUGGGUUUCCUUCGACGGUCAGGAUUUCCAGCUUGAAUUCCGCCGGAAAGGGCGGCCCGGCCUUUGUAGGCCAGGUUUUCAGCAUGUGUGACCUUUCUGGGACUGGCCUCAUGGCAGUUUCCACCCAUUUCGACAUACCCUUCAUCUCUAAAAGAACACCUGAGUGGGUUAAGAAGAUGUUUGCAGCAGUUACUAAGAGUCAGAGGAAUGGCCCUGUGUUCCGUUUUUUCAUAGAUCUAGGUGAUGCAGUUUCUUAUGUUAAACGGCUGAAUAUUCCAAGUGGUGUGGUUGGUGCUUGUCGUCUUGAUUUAGCAUAUGAACAUUUCAAGGAGAAACCUCACUUGUUCCAAUUCGUUCCAAAUGAGAAACAAGUCAAAGAAGCCAAUAAACUUCUCAAGACAAUAUCACAGAAUGGUGGAAGGAAAAGGGUAGAUGGUGUUCCUGUUUUCAGUGCUCAAAACUUGGACAUUGCUAUAGCGACAACAGAUGGGAUUAAGUGGUAUACUCCGUAUUUCUUUGAUAAAAACAUGUUAGACAACAUUCUUGAAGAAUCGGUUGAUCAGCACUUCCAUUCAUUAAUUCAAACUAGGAACUUGCAACGCCGGCGGGAUGUUAUUGAUGACAACUUGGCCGCAGAAAUGACUGAAGAGACUGCAGAAAGUGUAUGGGAACCACCAGAGGUACAGGAAGUGCUGGAUGAAAUGGGCAACCCAGGAAUACCUUUGAGUGUCAUAUCAAAGGCUGCUGAAAUCCAGCUUCUCUAUUCUGUUGACAAAGUUCUCCUUGGGAACAGGUGGUUGCGAAAAGCCACUGGAAUUCAGCCGGAAUUUCCUUAUAUGGUUGAUUCAUUUGAAGAAAGGAGUGCAGCUUCCUUGCUGAGAGCAUCUGAUUCAUCCAGAUUUGUAGUCAAUUCUGAAUCAGAAAACAAUGAACACCUUGAGCACCAUGGCAUUUCUGAGCUCAUUUCAAAAGAUAGUGUUCACACUGAGCAAAAACAGAGACCGGGUUUCAGGUUUCCCUUUGGAGAUUGGUUUGGGCAUUCAUUGUCAAAACAACAGCAGACGCACCAUAACCAAUCGGAUAAAAGAGUGGAAGAUACAACCAGGGGAUGCAUGAAGCAAGAACUACAGACUAGCCCUUUUCUUCCGAAGAUAACAAUGGUUGGUAUCUCAACUGGGGAAGCAGGGCAAGUGAGCAAAGCCAAUUUGAAAAAGACAAUGGAGAAUUUAACGAGGGAGUUAGAACAGACAGAUCAGGGAAAUGCAGCUAGCGCUACAAGUACUGAAUUCAAAUCUGAAGACAGGGAUCCUCUCUUUGUGGCAAAUGUGGGUGAUUACUAUUCCGGUGCAGCAAAAACAGGAGUUAGUGUGCUAAAUUUACUAAUUAGUUAGUAAAGUAAGGAUUUCAAUCAACUUGGUAAUUGCAUCGGAUUUCAUUGGUUUGCAUCCAGCAACAGGAAUGUCUUGAUUGUUGAUGAGUCUUUAGGCAUUUACUUCUGAUAAAUGCUGUGAACAAUGAUUCUUCAGGGGAAAGGGGAUGGGGAUGAUCAUAUGGUUGAGCUGAUGCUGCAGAUGUUGCUUGUAAUUUUGAAAUGUAGAUUUGUAUCAAGGAAUGAGUAGAAUUUUAGUUCCUCACUAUUUUGGACAUAGAGUAACCAUAUUAUUUGCAUACACAUAAUUGAUAAUGAGUAGUUUCAUGGAGGUUUGGAGCCUCUCUAGUCUGUAUAGUGAUUUUUGAUGAUGCAUGGUGAUUCAAGGUUUUCAAGUUUAAUGA